CCCGCCGCGGAGGCCGAGCGAGCCCCCCGCCCAGCCUGGGGUCCCUGGCACAUGAGGCGGACGCCCCCCGGGAGCCCUUGGGUGCGGAGCCUGGCGCGAAGGUCUUGAGUCAGAGCACCAGCCUUGGGGACCCUGGACCAUGGAGACUGAGAGUGAGCAGAACUCCAACUCCACCAAUGGGAGUUCCAGCUCUGGGGGCAGCUCUCGGCCCCAGAUAGCUCAAAUGUCACUGUAUGAACGGCAGGCAGUGCAGGCUCUGCAAGCACUGCAGCGUCAGCCCAAUGCGGCUCAGUAUUUCCACCAGUUCAUGCUCCAGCAGCAGCUCAGCAAUGCCCAGCUGCAUAGCCUUGCUGCCGUCCAGCAGGCCACCAUUGCUGCCAGUCGGCAGGCCAGCUCCCCAAACACCAGCACUGCACAGCAGCAGACUACCACCACCCAGGCCUCAAUCAAUCUGGCCACCACGUCGGCCGCCCAGCUCAUCAGCCGAUCCCAGAGUGUGAGCUCUCCCAGUGCUACCACUUUGACCCAAUCUGUGCUACUGGGGAACACCACCUCCCCACCCCUGAACCAGUCCCAGGCUCAGAUGUAUCUACGGCCACAGCUGGGAAACCUAUUGCAGGUAAACCGGACCCUGGGCCGGAAUGUGCCUCUAGCCUCUCAGCUCAUCCUGAUGCCUAACGGGGCAGUGGCUGCAGUCCAGCAGGAGGUGCCAUCUGCUCAGUCUCCGGGAGUUCAUGCAGAUGCAGAUCAGGUGCAGAACUUGGCAGUGAGGAACCAACAGGCCUCAGCCCAAGGACCUCAAAUGCAAGGCUCUACUCAGAAGGCCAUUCCUCCUGGAGCAUCCCCUGUCUCUAGCCUCUCCCAGGCCUCUAGCCAGGCCCUAGCUGUGGCUCAGGCUUCCUCUGGGACCUCAGGCCAGUCCCUCAACCUUAGUCAAGCUGGUGGAGGCAGUGGGAAUAGCAUCCCAGGGUCCAUGGGUCCAGGUGGAAGUGGCCAGGCACCUGGGGGCUUGGGUCAGUUGCCUUCCUCAGGAAUGGGUGGUGGUGGGAGCUGUCCCAGGAAGGGCACAGGAGUGGUGCAGCCCUUGCCUGCAGCCCAAACAGUGACUGUGAGUCAGGGCAGCCAGACAGAGGCAGAAAAUGCGGCAGCUAAGAAGGCAGAAGCGGAUGGGACUGGUCCGCAGAACGUGGGCAUGAACCUGACACGGACAGCUACACCUGCUCCCAGCCAGACCCUUAUUAGUUCAGCCACCUACACACAGAUCCAGCCUCAUUCCCUGAUUCAGCAACAGCAGCAGAUCCACCUCCAGCAGAAACAGGUGGUGAUCCAGCAGCAGAUUGCCAUCCACCACCAGCAACAGUUCCAGCACCGCCAAUCUCAGCUACUCCACACAGCCACACACCUCCAGUUGGCCCAACAGCAGCAGCAGCAGCAACAGCAACAGCAGCAGCAAGCCUCAACUCUCUCUGCCCCUCAGCCACCACAGGUCCCACCUACUCAGCAGGUCCCACCUUCCCAGUCCCAGCAGCAAGCCCAGACCCUGGUGGUUCAACCCAUGCUUCAGUCUUCACCCUUGUCCCUCCCACCUGACCCAACUCCCAAGCCACCUAUCCCUCUCCAAUCCAAACCACCUAUAGCACCAAUCAAGCCUCCUCAGUUAGGGGCUGCUAAAAUGUCAGCUUCCCAGCAACCACCACCCCAUAUCCCUGUGCAAGUGGUGGGAACCCGACAGCCAGGUACAGCCCAGGCACAGGCUUUGGGGUUGGCACAGCUGGCAGCUGCUGUGCCUACUUCCCGGGGGAUGCCAGGUACAAUGCAGCCUGGUCAGGCCCAUUUGGCCUCCUCGCCACCUUCAUCCCAGGCUCCUGGUGCACUGCAGGAGUGCUCUUCCACAUUGGCCUCUGGGAUGACCCUUGCUCCUGUGCAGGGAACAGCACAUGUGGUAAAGGGUGGGGCUACCACCUCCUCACCUGUUGUAGCCCAGGUCCCUGCUGCCUUCUACAUGCAGUCUAUGCACCUGCCGGGCAAACCCCAGACACUGGGUGUCAAACGCAAGCCUGAGUCUGAGGAGGAACGAGAUGAUGUCUCCUCAUUGGGUUCAAUGCUUCCUGCCAAGGUAUCUCCAGUAGCAGAGAGCCCAAAAGCCAUGGAGGAGAAGAGCAGUCUUGGAGAGAAAGUUGAAUCAAUGACUAAUGUGAAUGCUAAUACCUCAAGCAGUGAACUAGUAUCCUUGGCUCCUGCCCCAUCAGCACCACCUCCUACACUAGCCAUGGUGUCCAGACAGAUGGGUGACUCAAAACCCCCACAGGCCAUUGUGAAGCCCCAGAUUCUCACCCACAUCAUUGAAGGCUUCGUUAUCCAGGAAGGAGCAGAACCUUUCCCGGUGGGUUGUUCUCAGUUACUGAAAGAGUCUGAGAAGCCACUACAGACUGGCCUCCUGACAGGGCUGAAUGAGAACCAGUCAUGUGGCCCCUUGGGAGGGGACAGCCCAUCUGCUGAGCUAGAUAAGAAGGCGAAUCUCCUGAAGUGCGAGUACUGUGGGAAGUAUGCCCCUGCAGACCAGUUUCGUGGCUCCAAGAGAUUCUGCUCCAUGACUUGUGCUAAGAGGUAUAAUGUGAGCUGUAGCCACCAGUUCCGGCUGAAGAGGAAAAAAAUGAAAGAGUUUCAGGAAGCGAACUAUGCUCGUGUUCGUCGGCGUGGACCCCGCCGUAGCUCCUCUGACAUCGCCCGUGCCAAGAUCCAGGGCAAGCGCCACCGGGGUCAAGAGGACUCUAGCCGGGGUUCAGAUAAUUCCAGUUAUGAUGAAGCACUCUCUCCCACAUCUCCUGGGCCGUUAUCAGUGAGAGCUGGGCAUGGAGAGCGAGACCUGGGGAACCCCAAUACGGCUCCGCCUACACCAGAAUUACAUGGCAUCAACCCUGUGUUCCUGUCCAGUAAUCCUAGCCGUUGGAGUGUGGAGGAGGUGUAUGAGUUCAUCGCUUCUCUACAAGGCUGUCAAGAGAUUGCAGAGGAGUUUCGUUCCCAGGAGAUUGAUGGACAGGCCCUUUUAUUACUUAAAGAGGAACAUCUUAUGAGUGCCAUGAACAUCAAGCUGGGCCCAGCCCUCAAGAUCUGCGCCAAGAUCAACGUCCUCAAGGAGACCUAAGGUGGCCCUCUUGCACAAAGCAGCCUAAGGCAGACAUUCCCCACUGUCCAGGUUAUAACCUGGUACCAGCAGAGACUUUACAGGGAAUAAAGAACUUUUCCAAUUAUGUAAAUCUGUGGAGGGGAUUACUAAGACGGAAGGAAAGCGCAAGAAUUGGUUGCUGGUGCUACAUGGUGGAGCUUUGACAUUCUCUGGGUUAUUUUUUAAAAUCUUUACAGUUCUCAACAUUUUCAGCUACUCUGACCCAACCUUUAUAAAAUGAACUAGUACUGCUCAGCCCUUUCCUGGAGUGGAGUAUCUAGCCAGGGCCUUGGUUCUCCAAGAGGAGGCACAUACUGUGUGGUAAGGCAAGGAAAUGGGUGGAAAAUGUAGGAGCACCUCUCCAGAGGCAGAGAGGGCUCUAGCUUGUGUGACACAAGUGGUAAAAUCCAGUACUCCCUCUGGAUUGUCUGACUGUAGCUGCGGCCGUUUUCUUUGUCUUCACUCACUACCUUACUAUUGAACAUUUUCUCCUAUUGUCCAUGGAAGGCUCACCAGCCGGUGUAGACACUUGGUUGGCAUCAUUGAUUUGCUGCAGGGACUAAGUGUUUGGCACACAUGUGGCUGUUGUCAUUCUUUCUGCAUCCCCUCUGCUCCCUUCCAAUACAUGUGUUGUCUUCUACCUUUUCUUUUCAACUCUGCUGUGUCCUAUAGCUUUAUGAAACAGGAGUGCGUGGGGCUGAGGGCAGGAGGAUGGAGGGUAAAUACCUGCCUUAGGCGCUGUUCCUUGUACAACAAAAAUAUUCAAUAUUUUUUCCCUCUUCAGUAAAAGGAUAAAAAUUGG